GUUGAACCAAAGAGGGCGUAACCGAAGCCGGAAGUAAGCACAAGGGUAUUCUCUGUGGAUGCCGAGCUCCUUUCUGUGCUAGCUUCGCACUCGGCUAGUGUUUGUGAGUUGGGGGGAUGGGGCCGCGCUGAGGAUGAGCGACUCUAAAUAUUUUGCAAAUAUAACAAUUUCCCAACUCACAUACCCAUGUUUUUUACCGAACUGCUUUUCCCACCACGCAUGACUUUUUCUUGGAAUUCGCCGACGUGAAGUGGAGCAUUUUUACGGCCACGACAGGGGUUUAAAAGUCGACAAAAUGUAUCCCACUGGUGGAGCUACAGAGAUGUUUGAGGGGCCACGUUCUUCUGGGUCAGCGAGCUCUGAGCCGCCCUCAUCCCCAGUGCCAGAAUAUGUGUUCAAGCCACCCUCAAGGCCAGACUUUGGCACCAUGGGCAGGACAAUCAAGCUUCAGGCCAAUUUCUUUGAGAUGGAAAUCCCCAAACUGGAAGUGUACCAUUAUGAUAUUGACAUCAAGCCGGAGAAAUGUCCCAGGAGGGUCAACCGUGAAAUUGUGGAGCACAUGGUCCAGCACUUUAAAACCCAGAUCUUUGGGGAUCGAAAGCCAGUGUAUGAUGGCAGGAAGAACCUGUACACAGCCAUGCCCUUGCCAAUAGGCAGAGACAAGGUGGAGCUUGAGGUGACCAUUCCAGGGGAGGGCAAAGACCGCAGCUUCAAAGUCUCCAUCAAGUGGGUGUCGUGCGUGAGCCUGCAAGCUCUGCAUGAGGCGCUGUCAGGGCGGCUACCCAGUGUCCCGUUUGAGACCAUCCAAGCUCUGGAUGUGGUCAUGAGACAUUUGCCCUCUAUGAGGUAUACUCCAGUGGGUCGUUCUUUCUUCACUCCCUCAGAGGGCUGUUCCAACCCACUGGGUGGCGGUAGAGAGGUGUGGUUUGGCUUCCACCAAUCUGUCAGGCCUUCCCUUUGGAAAAUGAUGCUCAAUAUUGAUGUUUCGGCCACUGCGUUCUAUAAAGCUCAGCCUGUAAUUGAGUUCAUGUGUGAGGUCUUGGAUUUCAAAAGCAUCGAAGAACAACAGAAGCCCUUAACGGACUCUCAAAGAGUUAAAUUCACCAAAGAAAUUAAAGGCCUGAAAGUGGAGAUCACACAUUGUGGACAGAUGAAGAGGAAAUACAGAGUGUGCAAUGUGACCAGAAGACCAGCAAGCCAUCAAACCUUCCCCCUGCAGCAGGAGAACGGCCAAACUAUUGAGUGCACCGUGGCGCAGUACUUCAAAGAUAAAUACAAACUCAUGCUGCGAUACCCUCACCUGCCGUGUCUACAAGUGGGGCAGGAGCAAAAGCACACCUACCUGCCUCUAGAAGUGUGUAACAUAGUUGCAGGACAGCGCUGCAUCAAAAAACUGACAGACAAUCAGACCUCUACGAUGAUCCGUGCCACUGCUAGAUCAGCACCUGACCGUCAGGAUGAAAUUAGUAAACUGAUGAGAAGCGCCAACUUCAACACUGACCCAUACGUUCGCGAAUUCGGAGUGAUGGUGAGGGACGAGAUGACGGAAGUGAACGGCCGUGUCCUCCAAGCACCCUCCAUUCUGUAUGGAGGCAGGAACAAGGCGAUAGCCACGCCAAUCCAGGGCGUCUGGGACAUGAGGAACAAGCAGUUCCACACUGGCAUCGAAAUCAAAGUGUGGGCCAUCGCUUGCUUUGCACCACAGAGACAGUGCACUGAACUCUUACUUAAAGCGUUCACAGAUCAGCUCAGGAAGAUCUCCCGGGAUGCAGGCAUGCCCAUUCAGGGCCAGCCCUGCUUCUGUAAGUAUGCCCAGGGUGCCGAUAGCGUGGAGCCCAUGUUCAGACACCUCAAGUACACAUACCAGGGCCUCCAGCUGGUUGUUGUCAUCUUACCAGGAAAGACGCCCGUCUACGCCGAGGUGAAGCGUGUCGGAGACACAGUCCUUGGGAUGGCCACCCAGUGCGUGCAGGUGAAGAAUGUCCAGAAGACGACACCGCAGACCCUCUCCAACCUCUGUCUGAAGAUCAAUGUCAAGCUGGGUGGCGUCAACAACAUCCUGCUUCCUCAGGGACGGCCGUUGGUGUUUCAGCAGCCUGUCAUCUUUCUUGGUGCCGAUGUAACUCAUCCUCCUGCAGGAGAUGGAAAAAAGCCCUCCAUUGCAGCUGUUGUCGGUAGCAUGGACGCCCACCCCAGCCGAUACUGCGCCACCGUUCGGGUCCAGCAGCACCGACAGGAUAUCAUCCAGGACCUGGCCACCAUGGUGAGAGAGCUGCUCAUCCAAUUCUACAAGUCGACCCGCUUCAAGCCGACCAGAAUCAUCUACUACCGGGAUGGCAUCUCCGAAGGACAGUUCAACCAGGUUCUUCAGCAUGAACUGCUUGCAAUCCGAGAGGCCUGCAUCAAGCUGGAGAAAGACUACCAGCCUGGUAUCACCUUUGUAGUAGUCCAGAAGAGACACCACACCAGGCUGUUUUGCACAGACCGAAACGAGAGGGUUGGAAAGAGUGGCAACAUUCCCGCAGGCACCACAGUGGACACCAAAAUCACUCACCCAUCCGAAUUUGACUUCUACCUUUGCAGUCAUGCUGGCAUACAGGGUACCAGCAGGCCGUCUCACUACCACGUGCUCUGGGACGACAAUCACUUCUCUUCCGACGAGCUGCAGGUGCUUACGUAUCAGCUGUGCCACACUUACGUGCGCUGCACCCGCUCCGUUUCCAUUCCGGCGCCAGCCUACUAUGCCCAUUUGGUGGCUUUUCGCGCCCGCUAUCACUUGGUGGACAAAGAGCACGACAGUGCCGAAGGCAGCCACACAUCAGGUCAGAGCAACGGGCGUGACCAACAAGCCUUGGCCAAAGCCGUUCAGAUCCACCAGGACACCCUGCGCACAAUGUACUUCGCCUGAGACCGCAGGCCGCCGGGUUGACGUGGGCCAAGGACCCCCCUGCUGAGGAAACGCACUACCCUCUUUGCUGCCCGGCUGUCAGCUGUGUGCUUUUACUGUGUGAGCUCCCUAUCUAAAACACCUGGCAGGUACCCAAGCCGAAUCCACUCUCUGUAAAUUGCAAAAACAAGCCCUCUACACGGGGUUUAUU